CUUAAUAGCAUUUCAGAGAACCAGCAAUAAGGGACAGAGGCAAACUGGAAAAUGAUGUACUUCACUAUUGGUGUCUUUCUUCCUUCCCCUUGUUCUAAGGUUCCUAAAUAUUUGUCCCAGCAAUGGGCUAAAGCCCCUGGAAGAGGUGAAGUUGGGAAACUGCGGAUUGCUAAGAAUCAAGGAAGGACUGAGGUGUCAUUUACUUUGAAUGAGGAUCUUGCAAAUAUUCACGAUAUUGGCGGAAAACCAGCUUCUGUCAGCACCCCUAGAGAACAUCCAUUUGUCUUACAAAGUGUUGGAGGACAGACAUUAACAGUCUUUACUGAGAGCUCAUCAGAUAAACUUUCAUUGGAAGGAAUUGUCGUGCAAAGAGCUGAAUGCCGACCUGCUGCCAGUGAAAACUACAUGAGAUUAAAGAGAUUGCAAAUAGAAGAAUCUUCCAAACCUGUAAGACUAUCACAGCAACUGGACAAAGUGGUGACAACUAAUUAUAAGCCUGUUGCUAAUCAUCAAUACAAUAUUGAAUAUGAAAGGAAAAAGAAAGAAGAUGGAAAACGAGCUCGAGCUGAUAAACAACAUGUUUUAGACAUGCUAUUUUCAGCAUUUGAGAAACAUCAGUAUUACAAUCUUAAGGACUUGGUGGACAUCACAAAACAACCUGUGGGCUACCUAAAGGAAAUCUUAAAAGAAAUUGGUGUGCAGAACGUAAAAGGAACCCACAAAAACACAUGGGAGCUGAAGCCAGAGUAUAGACAUUAUCAAGGAGAAGAAAAGAGUGAUUAAGAAGACUUUCAACCAGCAUGCUAACAGAACAAUUAAAGGGUGAUGUGCUAAGGAAACACCACUGAUGCUCAAAUACUUGAGGUCCAUCUGUUAUAGGGGUAAAAUGACUGGAACUGUAAUUUCCCUAUGUAAAUUUUUUAAACAAUAAUUCUUGUAAAGUUACUUAAGUGUUUUUUGACGAACGAAAUUAUUUAUAGGCUUGUAUUAAACUAGAUUAUUCAGGAGCGGGUGUGGGAUUGGGGCGGUUAAUAAGGUUUUUCUCUUUAAAUAUUGACUUUUAAAAUGUGAAAUUAGGAAAUGAUUUCUAAAUAAGGACUCUCUGUCCUUGUCUUAUGUCUGAGGAGCUGAGGUAGUGCAAAUCCAAAGUGAAUGGCAAAGCAAGAAAAAAGUCAACUACAGAAAGUCUUCAAAGCAAUAAAAAACCAAAGUUCCUUUUUCUGAAAUUGUCAAAAACCAAAGCUGUCUUUAUUUUAUUUUAUUAUUUUACAGAUGAUCAUGUUUCAUAUUCACACCCAUUAAUAAAAAAAGAGAGCAUUUAUUUUGUACCUAAGAUAGCAGUUUUCACCAUUGGCUUGCUUAUUUUACCCUAGUGUUAGUGACAUGAAAAAAUGCAAAAAAAAAAAAACACCUGGCCAAUGGGUAUUAUUUCUUUAAUUUGCUUUUAAAAGAAUUAGAAAUUAAAUAUUUUUCCAACAAUUCAAGAUAUGUCUCCCCCAUCCAGAUUAUAAGCUUCUCAGAAACUGACUUUGUCCUAGAAUUUUACCACACACCCAUCAGGGAGGUAUUGACUAUCCUACGACCAGUGAUGUUGGGGGUGAGGCUGGUGUGUGUUAGGCAGUCACAAAAACAAACAUACUCAGAAGACCACCAAAACAAAAGAAGCUUUAACAAAUUGAACACAAGAAAAAGUUGCUUUUUACUUGUUCAUUUUGUCAGCUGCAUCAUGUGUGCUCACAAGCAAGAAGUAGCAAAUGCCAACAAUUUAAGAAAAUGUUACAUAAUUAAAGCAAAUCAAGGGAAAA